AGGGGAAUGUAGGAAAGGACAGAGAAGGAGAAGAGGAAAGAGAAAGGGAAGGAAAAGGGUGAAGGGAAAAUGUCAUUUGGGUACAGAUUGCAAAGGAUGAAUAGACAGAAAUGGGGAUUGAAAACAACAGCCAACAAAAGGCUUCCCCCCACGCCAUCUUCUCCAACCCGAAUAAGCACAUUCCUCUGUUCCUCUUCCACCGAACAUCUCUCUACCCCUCAACCCAAUUCCCCUCUCUCUCUCUCUACUAGGAUUUCUACCCUUCAAUUUGCCCAGUAGUUGCAGAGUUGUCCCUUUCUGUCUCUGCCUACCAUCAGGAUUAUAGGGAUUGGGUUCGGAUCGGGGUGUAAGGGGUUUGGGUCCCUGAGAGAUGUGGGAUGCUCAGAGAUUUCAUGAACCACUUUUCUCGCUGUUGUUGGAGCCCCUUUGGCGUCAAUGUUGAUGGUUCUACUGCUGCUACUGCUGGGCGUGAAGGUAGAGAUGGCCUUCUCUGGUUCCGUGACAUCGGUCGUUAUGCCUUCGGUGAUUUCUCCAUGGCCGUCGUUCAGGCAAACCAGGUGCUUGAAGAUCAGAGUCAGAUAGAAUCGGGUCCUUUCGGUACUUUUGUUGGCGUCUAUGAUGGUCACGGUGGCCCCGAUACCGCUCGUUACGUCUGCGACCACCUCUUCCGGCAUUUUCAAGAGAUAUCAGCACAGGCCCAGGGUGUGACAUGUGAGACCAUUAGGAGAGCUUUUCUUCAAACAGAAGAAGGGUUCACAGCCCGUGUUUCUGAGCUAUGGGAUACUCAACCACAUAUGGCAACAGUUGGGUCAUGCUGUCUAGUUGGAAUGAUCUCUCAGCGGACUCUCUAUGUGGCAAAUCUUGGUGACACCCGUGUUGUUCUCGGGAAAAAAGUUGGAAACACCGGUGGUGUUGCUGCCAUACAAUUAUCAACUGAACACAAUGCUAACCUGGAGAGCGUGAGACAGGAGCUCAAAGAAUUGCACCCAGAUGACCCUCAAAUUGUUGUCCUCAAACACGGAGUCUGGAGAGUAAAAGGCAUUAUUCAGGUUUCUAGAUCUAUAGGUGACGUAUAUAUGAAACAUGCCCAGUAUAACAGGGAACCAAUCAACGGGAAGUUCAGGCUUUCUGAACCAAUGAACAUGCCCAUCUUGACUGCCAAUCCAUCUAUUAUCUCUCAUACUCUUCAGCCUGAUGAUUCUUUCCUUAUAUUUGCUUCUGAUGGUCUAUGGGAACACUUGAGCAAUGAAAAAGCUGUGGAUAUUGUCCACAAUCACCCAUGUGCAGGAAGUGCUAAAAGGCUCGUCAAAGCUGCUCUUCAAGAAGCUGCUAGGAAACGUGAGAUGCGGUAUUCAGAUCUUAGGAGGAUUGACAAGAAGGUCCGACGCCAUUUCCAUGAUGAUAUAACUGUGAUUGUUUUAUUCCUAAAUCAUGACAUUAUUAGCAGAGGCAUGGCACAAGGCCCUUCAAUAUCUGUUCGAAGUGCCUUGGAACACUGAUGAUCUGAUCCUGGAGACAUAGUAUUCCCUACUUCUGAUUUUGGCCAUCAGCUGAAAGUCAUUUUUAAGGUCCACUAAAGAAUUCACAUCACAGCCACAGAUUGGUAGAAAGUGGAACUGACAAAGCAGUUGCUGCUGAUGCACCAAGGAGUAUUCUUCUGAUAGUGAGGCUAAUGCAAUAUCCCCAGAGGCCUGUUAUCUCUAAAAUGCAUUACGUUGUUAUUGUUAGAGAACAGUUCAAUGCUUUUUUGUAAUUCUCUGAUCUAUUCCAUUCAAACUCAAGUUGUAAUAGUUAUGUGAUUGCAUUCUUUCUCA